AUGGCCGGUGAUGCCCUGGGUGGCCACAAGGACGAGGGAGAUCAGGGCUACAACAACCAGGGCUAUCAGCAGGGCAGGCCAGAGGGGAUCCCUGUGGGGGGAGGAGGAUACGAAGGUGGCCAGCAGGGAUAUGGCGGCAACCAAUUCGAGGGCCAGUACGAGGGGCACCGGCCCGAGGGCGGCGGAGGAUACGGCGGUGGCCAGGGCUACGGCAACCGGCCAGAGGGGUACCGUCCCGGCGAGUAUGGGGGCCAGGAGGGAGGCAGCGGGCCGAUGGGCUUCAAUCCGCAGGACGGAGGUGGAGGCGGGGGGUACCGCCCCCAGGAGCAGGGAUUUGGUGGUGAACAGGACCAGGAUGAUGGGGGCUUUGACUGGUCAAGUCUGGGCCGCCUGGUGUCCAGCUACCAGGGAGCCGCCCAGCAGUCCAACGGCAAUCCAUCCUUCGGCUCAUUCCAGAACAUGGUCAACGAGCAAGGCGCUGGGCAGCACCUUAAUGGUGGCAUGAUGGACAAGCUGUCGGGCAUGUUCCAGUCACACACGGGGCAGCAGUUUGGGGGAUCCAGCAUGCAGAGCCAGAUGAUGGCCAAAUUUGUGUCCUCCAAGCUGGGCUUCGACGUGCCUCCGCAGAUGCUGGAGAAGAUGAUGGCCUGGAAGCAGGCAGGACAUUUCUGA